UUUUGAAGCAUCUAUAUAAUGACGGUCACUACUACUGCGCUGGAAAUGGUGUAGGCAACUUGAAAGCUGUCCAUGAGACUAUUUUGUCUCGUUUUUCGUGAAGAAGAUGUCUAGGACACCGACAGACAACGAGAAACGAAACGAAAAUACCUCACCUGUCUUUUAUGAUUUUUCAGUCACCGAGGUUACAGACUUCAAAUUCACGCAAUUAUCUCAGCAUCUAGGCAGAGACCCAAACCCUCGCUGCUUGCCUCCUGAUGGAAACCCUCGACCGUUCGUUCGUCCUGAACCUUCCAGCCGUGCAGGCCGUCCUACAGCUGGAGUCCACUCUUCAAGAAUCUCGCGUACUGAACGCGGUGGCUAAAGUUCUUAAGAGUCUGGCCCAACCCACCCACCACGACUCCAGACCACCAGCUCCACCAGCAGCAGCAGCAGCCGAAUGCUUCAUCACUUCUGGUGUCAACGCUUGGGCAGCUCAGAAUCUUCGUGCUAAGGCGAUCCUGGAGGAGCUGGAGGUUUUAGGAGAGGAAGACAGCGAAACUGUAGGCUUUGCUUUUGUCGAUGCUGGAACAAAAAGGGAUUCAGGAGACACUUUCUCUGAUCCUGGAUCAACCUCUGCGGCAAGAAAAGAUCCCCAGGCUGAUGUGGUGUCAGAGGACAGCGCAAGCACCGUGUCAUCGUCCUCAUCGUCGACUGUUGCAAGUAAAUGCGGUAACGCAGACAUUUGCGUCGACGGCGAGGAGAUAAGUGAGACGGAGUUAAGACCGGGCACGAACCCGGUGGGCCAGAACACCAAGAAUAGGGAUUUCACUGACCACGGCGACCGCAAGGCGGAGGCACUGUUGCUGAGGAAGAGAAUGGAUGCGGCCGCGACGCGAAAACGACGCGGCUGGAAGCGCGGCAAAUAUGCGCGUGUGCAAGGAGCGGCCAGUGGAGUUGACCCUGCUGCCCUGCGGUCACUUCCUGCUGUGCGCGACUUGCGGGUCAACGAUGUCCACGUGUCCAGCUUGCGCCACCACCAUUCUUGCUGA